AGGCAGCAGGGGCGGUUGAGAAGUGAAGUCUUGGCCAGAGUUUGCUUCUUGCCAGGAAAUCCGCGGUGGCGGCGGUUCCCCGCGUAGCGGAGGCCGACUGGCUCCCCGCUCUCUCGGCGGGCCGCGGAGCGCGGAGCUGGCGCUGGGCUGCGACGCCAGGAGCCGGCGCGCGCCUCGGGCGGCCGCGCUUUGCCCAAAAUCCUUGGUUUGAGUCAAACCCGUUGCCAUCCAGUGAAGAAAACCACGCCUGACGCUGAAGUCUAACGAGUGAAGGGACGGAAACUGCUCUGGGUGGGUCGGGAUGGGGACGACAAGUGACGAGAUGGCGUCCGUGGAGCAGACCUCCUCCUCCUCCUCCUUCAACCCCCUGUGUUUCGAGUGUGGCCAGCAGCACUGGACAAGGGAGAACCACCUCUACAAUUACCAGAACGAAGUGGACGAUGACCUGGUCUGCCAUAUUUGCCUUCAGCCUCUGCUGCAGCCCCUGGACACCCCCUGUGGACACACAUUCUGCUGCAAGUGCCUCAGAAACUUCUUACAGGAGAAGGACUUCUGUCCCUUGGACCGGAAAAGACUCCACUUCAAGUUGUGUAAGAAGUCUAGUAUCCUAGUCCAUAAGCUGCUGGACAAGCUGUUAGUGUCCUGUCCGUUUGCUUCGGUGUGCCAGGACGUGGUGCAGCGCUGUGACCUGGAGGCACAUCUCAAAAACAGAUGUCCUGGAGCCUCUCAUCGGAGACUUGCCCUGGAGAGGAGGAAAACUAGUAAAGCUCAGACAGAGAUCGAGCCUGAGAAUGGACCCACUAUAAUAGACCCUCCGGGUAGUUUGUCCCCUGAGACGGACUAUCCAGGGUCGGGCACAGCGCCCGCCGAGCGGAGCGUGACACCAGCGUCCCUUCCCGCGUGGACUGAGGAGCCUGGCCUGGACAACCCAGCCUUCGAGGAGAACGCUACUGGUGACACUACCCAACAGCCACUUAGUUUACCAGAAGGCGAAAUUACCACGAUUGAAAUUCACCGGUCUAAUCCUUAUUAUCAGUUAGGAAUUAGCAUUGUGGGCGGCAAUGAGACCCCACUGAUUAACAUUGUUAUCCAGGAAGUCUACCGGGAUGGGAUAAUCGCCCGAGACGGAAGACUCCUUGCUGGAGACCAGAUUCUUCAGGUCAACAACUGUAACAUCAGCAAUGUGUCCCACAACUAUGCCAGGGCCGUGCUCUCCCAGCCCUGCAGCACGCUGCACCUCACAGUGCUGCGCGAGAGGCGCUUUGGGAACCGCACCCACAGCCACGCUGAUGGCAGCAGUCCCCGGGAAGAGGUCUUCCACGUGGUCCUUCACAAACGGGACUCUGGGGAGCAGCUUGGCAUCAAGCUCGUCCGGAGGACGGAUGAGCCAGGCGUUUUUAUCCUUGACCUGUUGGAGGGGGGCCUGGCCGCGCAGGAUGGGCGACUGAGCAGCAACGACCGAGUGCUUGCCAUCAACGGACACGACCUGAAGCACGGGACCCCCGAGCUCGCUGCCCAGAUUAUUCAGGCUAGCGGAGAGAGGGUGGAUUUAACCAUUGCUAGACCAGGGAAAUCCCAGCCUGGGAACCCCGUCCGAGACGCAGGAGCUCAGAGUAGCAGCCAGCAUCAUGCACAACCGCUGUACCACAACAGACCCAGCUCACAUAAGGAUCUUACCCAGUGUGUGACAUGCCAGGAGAAACACAUUACGGUGAAGAAGGAGCCGCACGAGUCCCUCGGGAUGACAGUAGCUGGGGGCAGAGGAAGCAAGAGUGGUGAGCUGCCCAUCUUUGUGACCAGCGUGCCACCUCACGGCUGCCUUGCGCGUGACGGCCGAAUCAAGAGAGGCGACGUGUUGCUGAAUAUCAAUGGCAUCGAUCUGACCAAUCUGAGUCACAGUGAGGCUGUGGCCAUGCUGAAAGCCAGUGCUGCGUCCCCUGCCGUGGUCCUGAAAGCCCUCGAGGUCCAGGUUGUGGAGGAGGCCACGCAAGCCACGGAGGAGCAGCCGAGUGCCCUCAGCGAGAAUGAGUAUGACGCCAGCUGGUCCCCGUCGUGGGUCAUGUGGCUUGGGCUUCCAAGCUCCCUUCACAGCUGCCAUGACAUAGUUUUACGAAGAAGCUACUUGGGAAGCUGGGGCUUUAGUAUUGUUGGCGGAUAUGAAGAGAACCACACCAAUCAGCCUUUCUUCAUUAAAACCAUUGUCUUGGGAACCCCUGCUUAUUAUGAUGGAAGAUUAAAAUGUGGCGAUAUGAUCGUGGCUGUCAACGGCCUGUCGACUGUGGGCAUGAGCCAUUCGGCGCUCGUUCCCAUGUUGAAGGAGCAGAGGAGCAAAGUCACUCUGACGGUGAUCUGCUGGCCCGGCAGCCUGGUGUAGAGUUCGAGUCCGAGGCCUUCCUCGUUUGGGCUCUGGGAAGAAACCCCUUUCCUCGUAUUGUGUUUCUGGCUGGGAGCUCCUGACACCGCCAGGCCCCGAACCACAGAGAUUGUCCUUGUGUUGUUAUUUCAAUGGCUUUCCUCAGGUUGGCCACAUUUCUCUUAGCCUGCAAGCAGUCUCUCACUAACCCUGGUAAUAAGUUCAUAUUUUUAGAAUUCGGACCCUCCGUUGUCAGAUUGUGACCUAAAGGAACAAAUGAAGUCUUCCCGGACUGUGACCGGCCAGCUGGGUUGGAGGACAUGUGACAGUGGCCUGCUCUCAGUAACUGGUGCACAGGAUGAGGUCCACGCACCCCAACACCGGUAUCAGGGAAGCCAGGCGCAGUAGCACCGCUGUCCCUGGUGUCACCAGUGCCACGAACGGAUCCAUUUUAAACUGAGAUGGUACCCCUCCCCCUCUUUCCCCUUCGGUGCCAACAUUUCAGAACUUCAUACCACUGAUUAAGUGAUUUUUCUGACUUAUUUUAUUUUGACUUUAAUCUCUUAGUACUCCUAGAUGAUGAAGACAGAAGUCUGACCCUGCUAAAGAGCUUUUUACAAAAUAAUGUACCAAUAAUCAGAAUACUGGAUAAUAAAAGAUCACAUUUUCUGGGGACAAAGGAAUUCGGGAGGUAAUUACAGUUCAGUGUAAAAGCCGCACUUACUUGAAGACGUCAAGUUUCGUUUCCAAAGGAAUGUUUUGUUAUGCAGGAAAAUUUUGAAGCGUUUUUUUUGCUAAAAUUCAUUUUCUAGCGUUUGUAUCGUACUUCUCAGCAGUCUUUACCGGACGUACUUUCUGUGACUUAUGUAGUUAAAGUAGAUAAAGAUAAAACCGUAUUGCUAUUCAAUCCACAUUCGUAUAUAUCACAAGUCCGUGUAGAAGGUGUACGAGCUUUAUUUCAUUCUGAGAGAGCUUUGAGUGUUUCAGACACCCUUAUUUCCCCCCCAUCAUUUCUUGUGAACUUAACCUAUUUCAGGAAAAAGACUGAAAAGUCCUGGAUUUUUAUCAAAGAUAGUGUGUUUAGGACGUUUAGUAUCUUUCAGUCAGUUCUUGAUCACUAGGCUAUUUCUUAUUUUUCUAAAUGUUUUUGAAAACUACAACCAGCCCAUUUUGUUUGUCCUUCAUUCCACUUGGUUGUCCUUUGAAGAACACCUAAAAAAGCAAAUAAGAUUUAAAAAUAUAUAUCUUUAUAUUAAUAUGAUACAUACUUGAAAAAAGUUUCACUUAGAAACCUAGUUCAGAACCUGAGCUCAUUUACAAGUGACCUCUGUAACAGGUGGUAUUGAUUAUCAGAGAAUGUAUUUCCAAAAUCCUACCGUAGAUUAUGAGCAUGACCACUUUAUUUCCAAACUAGCAAUUGCAUUGCUAGGGCUUAUUGUGGCUAUAGCAUGUCCCUGUUAGAUUUUUAGUGAUUUUUUUAAACAGAUCUCUUUUGGAGAAAUAAGAAGUGGCAACAAUAAUUGCUACUGAUUUAUUCAACCCUUUCGCUACACUGUAUGGUCGACAUAUAACUAAGAUACAGUGGCAUGCCUCGUACAGUAUAUUACUGUUACGUGAUGAUUGGCUUUUGAAGCAAUUUGGUAUUGAAAUGCUUUGAUAUUCUAAUUGAUGUGGAACAAGUUUUUUUUCCUGCUCCCCAAAUAGAAUUUUAUAUCCUACUUUGCUAUUUUUUUAAAUAUUUUGUAAGAAUGCAUCAUUUCUUAGGGAGCGACCAUCCAUCAGCAAAUACCGUAAUGGCUACUUUGUUAUAUACAAAAUACUUACAUUGAACCUGGGGGUACAAUGUAAAGAAGACACUUUUUUCCACAUUAUUUUUUACCAUGGAAAGCUCAGCCUCAGCUGAAGCCAAUUUGUUUUUCUUAUAACGUGAUAGCUUUUGGUCAGAAUGAUAUUUGGUGAUGGAAACUUGUUCAUAAUUUAUUGCUACUGUUGAAAUAUUUGAAUUUCCUCUGUUUAAGCGUAAAUAGUUCAAAUAUUUUGAUUUGUUCUGUGCCUUUGUUUAAAUUAUUUCUGGAUUUUUCAAAUGUGUUGAAAUAAUGGUGUGAUAAUCAUUCAGGAUGGGAAUAAAAGUUAUCCUUUCCGUAAGAGCAA